GUCAAACCCAGGCACUUUACCAGACAGCAGCAGUGUGCUUGUCAAAUGUUAGUGUGAUUGAGUGCAACUAGAGGAAAUUGAGCUCAUUUCCUGCUCAGUAGCUGCUGUUUGUCAUGUGUACAAGUAGGCAUUGCUAACAUUGAUGGAAUUGAUAGAUUGAUUGAUAGAAGGUUGAUGGAACGUUGCUGGUGGAGCGAGGAACAUUUAUGGGGUUGCUGUGGUAGAUGGUAGUUUGGGGCUAGGUGCACUUGUGAUAUUUAGUCUCAAAUAGAGAUGGAGAGGGAAGAAGAACCCCAAGUUAAAGAGAAGGAGAACUCCAAAACCCCAGAUGUGAAGGUCCCCAACAAAUCAGAGACCAAGCGCUACAGCGAGAUCUUCCGGGACUUCGAUAAUUUUGAACUCUCUUUGGUCAACUCCACUGUGGAGGAGAUGUUUCCAGACCCUGACUCCCAGUCCAUCGCUGAGACCGUCUCUACGGAAACCACAGACAACACUGAGCUGGAUCAUGUGACGUGUGAGGAUGUCUACCCCCCAGAUGGUGAUGACAAAGAUGGAGGUCUAUCAGCCCAGGAAGCGGACCUGGCCCUGUGUCGCUGUGAGGGAGGCGUGGAGCUGGCCCUGCAGUAUGCCAAGAUGUGGUGCCGCUAUGCCAAGGACCUGCUGGCCUGGAUGGAAAAGAGAAUCAGCCUGGAGCAAGAGUUUGCCAAGAACAUCAUAAAGGCAGCAGAAACAGCUAAGUCCUGUGUGGCCCAGCAGGACAUGAUGCCUCUACAGUACAUCUACACCAUGGCCCUGGAGUACGAUGUGAAGACCAGCCAGUCUACUAAACAGACAUCAGAACUGCUGCAGCGACGCUGCUACCAGGCCCUGGCAGCCAAGAAGAAUGAGAUUGAUAAGUGGCGCAAGGAGUUCAAGGAGGAGUGGUCCAAAGAACAGAAGAGGAUGAAUGAGGCGGUGGCGGCUCUGAAGAAGGCUCGUCAGCAGUACCUGCAGCGCAGCGAGGACCUGGAGAAGACCAAGGCUGUGACGGCCAAGGCCGGGGACGAGCUCACAGCGGGACACAAGACCGUGGACAAGAGGAGGAAGUCACGCGACGACGCACAGUCAAAGGUGAUGGAGGCAGAGAUGCAGUACAGACAGUGUGUGUGUGAGGCCCAGGAUCACCAGGAUGAGCUGGAGAGAGUGAAGGAGAAAAUCAUAGUUCACACCCGCAAACUAAUCUGCCAGGGGGACACUGUGCUCAAGGAGGCCACAGUGAACAUGUUCUACUUCCAGCGUCAGCAGACGGAGCCGGUUCCCCAGGGUUACCACAACCUGGAGGUGACCUGCAGGCCAUGUGAACCCGGGGAGCCCUACCUGCUCUACAUCUUCAGGAAGAGAAGCCAAGAACAGCCCCUACAAACCUUCACCUUCCAGGAGUUUGUCCCUCAGAACAAGAGUGGCCGUCGUAAGACCAUCAACCCCAUCAGCUCUCUACAGGACUCCUUCUCCCUGCCUGAAGAAAGUCUGGUUAAGCGUAAGGGCUACAGUGACAGUGAGAGCAUAGGAGGCAGUCUGGAGUCUCUGUCCAGCCCAGCCCAUGGCAACAGGAGGCUUCCUAAAGCCCCCUCCACAGGGACCAUGUCAUCAGACGACUUGGAUGAGAGGGACAUGGGCACCGUCCUGGAAGGAGAUUAUGUCGACUCCAUUCCAGAGGGGAACGGUGCGGUAGGGAAGGUACGGACUACGUCCCGAGCCGCGCUGACACACCGACUCAGGAAGAUGAAGAGCAAGAUGGUGAAGUGCAAACAGUGUGACAACUACAUCGUGGUCAGUGGCAUCGAGUGUGAGGAGUGUGGCGUGGCGGUUCAUAGGAAGUGUCUGGAGGUGUUACAGCAUGAGUGUGAGAACAGGAAGGGCAUUCUGUUUGGGGUGGGUUUCUCCCUGUUGCCCCGUGACCGGCCUGAUGAAGUGCCCUUCGUGGUCCAGCUCUGCACGGCUGAGAUAGAGAGCAGGGCCCUCUCUCUACAGGGGGUGUAUCGUAUCAGUGGGUCGAAGCCUCGUAUCCAGAAGCUGUGUCAGGUCUUCGAGACCCAGAGGGACCAGGUCGACCUCUCUGACCUUUCACCUCAUGACGUCACCUCAGUCCUCAAACACUUCUUCAAGGAGCUUCCAGAGCCGCUGUUGACCUUUGACCUGUACAAUGACUUCAUCGGUGUGGGCAAAGAGAUCCAGCGUCUCAGUGAGAAGGAGGCGACAGCAGAGACUCCUGGGAUAGUGGAGGACCUCAGAUAUAACCUGAGAGACCUGCUGGAGAGACUGCCCCCGUACAGCUACUACACACUGCAGCAUAUGAUGCGUCACCUCCACAGAGUAUCAGAGAACUACGAGGAGAACAAGAUGUCUCCCAGUAACCUGGGCAUCGUGUUUGGUCCGACCCUGCUGCGGCCGCUGGUGUCUGUAGACGUGUCCAUGGUGGCUCUACUGGAGACCACCUACCAGGCCCUACUGGUGGAGUUCCUCAUCACACACCACCAACACAUCUUCGACGCUCCACCUCCUCCCGUCCCCACCGCCCCACUCCCUGACACCCCUCCCCGGGCGACGUGUUCAGGGGGAGCCCAGGAGACUGUUGUUGCGGCUGACCCUGGCUCUCAGGGCCCCCCCGCUGGAGGAGCCUCGUCCAGAGAACGCCCCCGCUCCCUAGAGACUCGCACAAUCAAGAGAGACUCGAGCGAGGGUUAUAUAUCUGACAAGUCGUCGUCCAAUGAGGCAGUGGACCAGCUCAGCCCUGAAGCCAAUGAGAGAGCAGUCGUGGCUGUGAGGGGGGCAUCAACAGAGGCUGCUGCUCUGGGUGAUCUGGUAGGGGAUCCAGAGCCAGGGGACUCUACCUCCGUGGGGACCCAGCUAUGGAGCCACUUCAGCAGGCAGCCUGUCAAGUACCAGCGCCAGCCCACCCCGGGUCUCCGCCGCUCCGCAGGCACUACCAGGGCCGGGCAGCUCGGGGAAGAGGAAGAGGAGGAUGAAGAGGAGGAGGAGAGGAGGAGGAACCAGUCGAGGAGCGCAGGCAGCAGCCGUAGCCCCUCCCUUGACCCUGGCAGCCAGAGGAGGAGAAGCCUUCGAUUGGAGCUACCCCCCACCGCCCACCACCUGCUCAACCAGCCUGGAGGCCACGCCCCACUGAGCCAGACGGAAAGAGAGAAGACACGCCCAUAUGAGGUUCCACAGGGCAGGCUGCGGGCGGGGACAGUGGUAGUAGAACCAUCAACAGCUGCAACAACAGCAGUAGAGGCAGAAGCCAAUCCUACGCCGAGCACCGGUGCUCAGGAGGCGGGGCUUAGGAGUCGGUCAGCCACAUUGUCUCAGCUGAACAUGAACCAGUCCAAUAACAGGCAGGGGUGGGUGGGUGAGAGGCGGAGACAGGGCGGAGAGGAGGGUCUGAGUGGACCGGCCCGAAAGAUCCUGUCAGGGCUGAAGCUCAGACGCAGCCACUCAGGACUGCAGCAACACUUUGUCUGAGGAGGAGGAAGGUUGGAACUUUGAACCAUAGAAUUAGAAUCACAUUUGAGGACAGACAUUCCCCAUUCAAGUCAACGUUCCAUGGACUGGCAGGAUUCUAUUUCUAUGGUUAAACCUAUAGAAGGGAUGAAUUGUACUGUGUAACUUCAUGUGUUUUUUACAAAUACAGUGAAAAAUUACAUACGCUCAUGAUUGCUCCAGAAUACUCAUAAAUACAGAACAUACUAACAUAACUCAUCACAGUGAAGCACAUAGACGUAAAUGAACCGCUCAUCAAAGGGCCUAUUCACACAUUGUUCAUACUCACUGUCUAUAUACACAGACACACAGGGCCGAAUCUUGACUUGAAAUAAUUAAGCCCUAUACUGUAUGUAUAAUCUGCAUCAACAUGCACUGCAAUGAUAUCAACAGAAGGACUUCCGUGACAAUUCCAGUCAUGCACACUGUGCGUGUCUUCAAUAGAAACCAAACUGAACCAAAGGGGGAGAAACUGGUAGCGCUUUAUAAUAACUCCACGUAAUAAAGCAUUUGUAAUGGA